UGGAGGAAGCAGCGUAUCGCGUGCCCGCGUCGCUUCCUGGCGCUUCCGGCCCUGGACUACAUUUCCCGUCGCCCCCCGCGCGCCUCUGCCCGCGGGCGCUGCGCCUGCGCGCUCAUGCCAAUCUUGCUGGGCCUCCGGGCCUCUUCCCUCCCUUCUUCGCCCCCUUCCCCUUCUUUUCCUUUCUUUCUCUUUUCCUUCUCUUCUUUCUUUCUUCUAUUUGUGUUUUAUUUUAAUGAGAAUUCUUUUAGUGGUGAUUCUUUUAAUAUUGGUUGCUCAUUUUCAGUUCCUUUUAACUUUUUAUCUCUUGUUUAAUUAAAUUUUUUUUUUGAAUUAUCUUUAUUUGUUGGACGGAGAUAGCCAGAAAUCAAGAGAGUGGUGGGUGAUAGAGGGGGGAAAAAGAGAGACACCUGUAGCCCUGCUUCACCACUUGCAAAGCCUUUCCCCCUGCAGGUGGGAACUGGGGGCUUGAACCAGGGGCCCUUGUAUCUGGCACAUAUGUGUGCCACCGCUUUAUUUAUUAUUAUUUUUAAAAAUCUGGCUAGGACAGAAAUUUGAGAGGGAAGUGGGAGAGGAGAAGGCGGUGGGAGGGGUGGUAGAUAGCGUAAUGGUUUUACAAAAAGACUUUCAAAAGACAAAAAGACUUCCCUGCCCGAGGCUCCAAAGUCCCAGGUUCAGUCCCCUGCACUACCAUAAGCCAGAGCUGAACAGGGUUCUAGAAAGAGAGACAGAGAGAGAAGGUGAGAAGGUACUUGAGGAGACAGAGAUACAGAUAGAGGAGGAAAGAGACACCUGCAAACCUGCUACGCUGCUCCUGAAGCUUCCUCCCUGCAGAUGGGGAGCGGGAGUUCGAACCUAGGACCUUGUGCUUGAGUUUUAAUUGUAUAUAUCAGUAAUGUCAACUUUGACUUUUGUUGCAUAUUAAUAGUUUAUCUAAGUAUGGGUUACUGGUGGAUUUUUAUUUGAUAUUAAUGACUCAUUUUGAUGUAUUAGUUAUUGGCUGUAUUUUCAUCUUAUUUUAAUUUUCCUCUUUUUUCUUUUUGCCUCCAGAAGAAAUUGAGAAGGGAGGGGAAGAUAGGGAGAGAGAAAGAAAGACAUCUGCAGACCUGUGUCACUGCUUGUGAAGUGUCCUCACUUCAAGUGGGGAGUGGAGGCUCAAACCCUGGUCCUUGUGCAUGGUACUAUGUGUGCUUAGUUGGCUGCACCACUGCCUGUCCCCUGUGUUUUCAUUUGAUUUAUUUAUUAUUUAUUUAUUUUUUACCAUAGCUCUGCUCAGCUCUAGUUGAUGGUGGUGCAGGGGAUUGAACCUGGAACUUUGGAGCCUCAGGUUUGAGAGUCUCUUUGCAUAACCAUUAUGCUCUAUACUCUCUGACCUACUUAUUUAUUUUUAUUUUUUUAUUGCCUUUAUUGGAUAGAGACAACCACAUAUCAAGAGGGAGGAAGAGAGACAGAGAUCCCUUGCAGACCUGCUUUCCUCCUGCAAAGAAAUGAUGUAUCCUUGCAGCACACACAGUGCUGCUUGUUGAACCCAGAGCCUCAGGUGUGCCAUUCUGUGAGCUACCCACUGGAUCACCUCUCGAGCUUCUUGCUUUUUUUUUUUAUUUGCCUCUGCCAGGCUAGUGUGUGGGUGCCUUUUUCCAGGCGCGUACUCUCUGGGUUGGAGAGAAUGCGACCAGAGCCAGCCUGGGCUGCUACUCACUUAGCAACGUGAGAGAGGUGACUCAGGAACAAACUCAUGGUGCUCUGACUUCUUAGCACUCUGCCCUUCCCCAGGAGAGGAGCCAGGAGGAGGACUCAUCAGCCCAUGGAAUCCUGAAAGUCAUGUCCCUCGGCGCAGACUUAUUCAGGGAUGUGGCCGUGGUCUUCUCUCAAGAGGAAUGGGAACAGCUGGCGCCUGCCCAGAGGAAUCUCUACAGAGACGUGAUGCUGGAGACCUACAGCAACCUGGUCUCUCUGGGUCUUGCCGUUUCCAAACCAGAUGUGAUCUACUUCCUGGAGCAAGGCAGAGAACCCUGGAGGAGCAAGAAAGCCGUGAACAGAGGUCCGUCCCCAGUAUUGGAGUCCAGGUAUGAUACUAAGGUGCUAUCUCCAAAGCAGCGUGUUUAUGAAAUGCAGUCACCCCCUUGGGAAACAGUGGAAAACCUCACCAGGUAUAGUCUUGAGUGCUCGAGUUUCCAAGAUGAUUGGGAACUCAGAGGCCAGCUUGACAGACAGCAGGGAAAUCCAGAUGGACAUUUGAGCCUCCGUUGUGAAGAAACGCCCUCUUUUGUCCAACCUGCACCCUUUACCUUUUAUACAAAGACUCACACUAGAGAAAAAACGUAUGGAUAUAAGGACCGUAGGAAAGGCUUCUUGCAAGAGGACUUCCUUGUCCAUCACCAAGGGAUUCAUACGAAUGAGAAACCUCACCGAUGCAAGGAAUGUGGAAAAGCCUUUAAGUACGGCUCCCGACUCAUUCAACACGAGAACAUUCAUUCUGGCAAGAAACCCUAUGGUUGUAAGGAAUGUGGGAAGGCCUUCAAUUCCAGUUCGAAUUUCAUUCAGCACAAGAGAGUUCACACUGGCGAGAAGCCUUACGGGUGUAAGGACUGUGCAAAGGCCUUCAGCCGGAGCUCACAGCUGAUCGAGCACCAGCGUAUACAUACUGGUGAGAAGCCCUAUCAGUGUAAGGAUUGUGGCAAGGCUUUCAGCCGGGUCUCACACCUCAAAGUACACUCUAGGAUCCACAGUGGUGAGAAGCCCUACCUGUGCAAGGAGUGUGAGAAGACGUUUAGUCACCGGUCCCAGUUGGUUCAACACCAGACGAUUCACACUGGCAAGAAGCUGUAUGAAUGUAAGGAGUGCGGGAAAGCCUUUAACCACGGCUCUACCCUGAGGCGACAUCAGAGGAUCCAUACGGGCGAGAAACCCCACCAGUGCAAGGCGUGCGGGAAGACGUUUAGGGUGAGCUCACAGCUGAAGCAACAUCAAAGAAUUCACACCGGAGAAAAACCCUACCCCUGUACGGUGUGCGGGAGGGCUUUCAAACGGGUCUCCCAUCUCACCGCCCAUUGUAGAAUUCAUACAGGGGAGAAGCCGUUUGAGUGUAAGGAGUGUGGGAAGGCCUUUAAGUGGGACAUCUCAUCUCUUACAGUCCAUCAGAGAAUCCAUACCGGAGAGAAACCCUAUAAAUGUAAAGAAUGUGGAAAGGCCUUCAGUGACGGUUCAUCCUUUGCUCGCCACCAACGAUGCCACACAGGCAAGAAGCCUUAUGAGUGCGUCGAGUGUGGGAAAGCUUUCAUACAGAACACAUCUCUCAUUCGCCACUGGAGGUAUUAUCACACGGGGGAGAGACCCUUCGAUUGCACUGACUGUGGUAAAGCGUUCAGUGAUCAUAUAGGACUCAAUCAACACAGAAGAAUCCACACUGGAGAGAAACCUUGCAAAUGUGAGGUGUGUGACAAAUCCUUUAGGUACAGCUCGUCCCUUACUGUGCACCAGAGGAUCCACACGGGAGAGAAACCCUACGAGUGUGAUGUCUGUAGAAAAGCAUUCAGUCACCACGCUUCACUCACUCAACACCAGAGAGUACAUUCCGGAGAAAAGCCAUUUCAAUGUAAAGAAUGCGGGAAAGCCUUUCGGCAGAACAUCCACCUCGCCAGCCAUUUAAGGAUCCACUCCGGAGAGAAACCAUUUGAAUGCGGGGAAUGCGGGAAGUCCUUCAGCAUCAGUUCACAGCUGGCCACGCAUCAGAGAAUUCACACCGGAGAGAAGCCCUACACCUGUAAGGUCUGUGGAAAAGCAUUCACCCAGAAGGCUCACCUCGCACAACAUCAGAAAACUCACACAGGAGAGAAGCCAUACGAGUGCAAGGAAUGUGGGAAAGCCUUCAGCCAGACCACACACCUCACUCAGCACCAAAGGGUCCACACUGGAGAGAAGCCUUACAAAUGCAGUGAGUGUGGGAAGGCUUUCGGCGACAACUCCUCCUGCACUCAGCACCAGAGGCUUCACACGGGCCAGAGGCCUUACGAAUGCAUGGAAUGCGGGAAGACAUUCAAGACAAAGCCAGCCCUCAUCUGUCACCGCCGAAGCCAUACUGGAGAGAAACCUUACGAGUGCAGCGCCUGUGGUAAGGCCUUCAGUCACCGUCAGUCCCUCAGUGUGCAUCAGAGAAUCCACUCUGGGAAGAAGCCGUACGAAUGCAAGGAGUGCAGGAAAGCCUUCAUUCAAAUCGGACACCUCAACCAACAUAAAAGAGUUCAUACUGGAGAAAGGCCCUACAGCUAAAAGAAACUACUGAAAUGUAAUGACUGUGAAAAAACGUUCAGCAAAAUAUCAACACUUACCCUUCACCAAAGAAUUCACACAGGAGAAAAACCCUACGAAUGUCUUGAAUGCGGAAAAGCGUUUAGCCAGAGUGCCCACCUGGCUCAACACCGGAGAACACACACAGGAGAAAAGCCCUUUGAAUGUACCGAAUGUGGGAAAGCCUUCAGCCAGAACGCUCACCUCAUUCAACAUCAGAGAGUCCAUACGGGGGAGAAACCCUAUCAGUGCAAGCAGUGUAAUAAGGCCUUUAGCCAGCUUGCACAUCUGACUCAGCAUCAGCGAGUUCACACCGGAGAGAAGCCCUAUGAGUGUAUCGAGUGUGGGAAAGCCUUCAGUGAUUGCUCUUCCCUGGCUCAUCACCGGAGGAUUCAUACCGGGAAAAGACCCUAUGAAUGUGUAGACUGCGGGAAAGCUUUCAGGCAGAAUGCAUCUCUUAUCCGUCAUCGACGAUACUACCACACCGGAGAGAAACCCUACGAUUGUAUCGAUUGUGGGAAGGCCUUCACUGAUCACAUUGGACUUAUUCAGCAUAAGAGAAUUCACACGGGGGAGAGACCUUACAAAUGUAAUGUGUGUGGGAAGGCCUUCAGCCACGGCUCAUCCCUGACUGUACAUCAGCGAAUUCAUACUGGAGAGAAACCUUACGGUUGUAACAUCUGUGAGAAAGCCUUCAGCCAUCGUGGCUCGCUUACUCUUCAUCAAAGGGUGCACACGGGAGAGAAGCCCUACGAAUGUACACAGUGUGGGAAAGCAUUUCGGCAGAGCACUCACCUCGCUCAUCACCAGAGAACUCACACGGGAGAGAAGCCUUACGAGUGCAGGGAAUGCAGCAAGACCUUUAGCCAGAACGCGCACCUUGUCCAACAUCAGAAAACACACACGGGAGAGAAGCCCUAUGAAUGUAAGAAAUGUGGUAAAUAUUUCAGUCAGGUCGCACAUCUCGUCCACCACCAGCGGGUUCACACUGGUGAGAAACCCUACGAAUGUAUUGAAUGUGGGAAGGCCUUUAGUGACGGCUCCUAUCUUGCUCAGCACCAGAAACUCCACACUGACAAAAGACCAUACGAAUGUGUGGAAUGUGGGAAGGCAUUUAGGCAGAGGGCAUCUCUCCUCUGUCACCAAAGGUGUCAUACAGGUGAAAAGCCAUAUGAAUGUAGUGUCUGUGGGAAAGCGUUUAGCCACCGAAAAUCCCUUACUUUACACCAGAGGAUUCAUACAGGAGAGAAACCUUACGAGUGUAAGGACUGCAGCAAAGCCUUCAGCCAGAUUGCCCACCUGACGAUCCAUAAAAGGAUUCAUACUGGAGAAAGGCCCUAUGAAUGUGCAGAGUGUGGGAAAGCCUUCCGUCAGAGUGUCCACCUUGCCCACCAUCAGCGAACUCAUUCUGGAGAGCCAGCCUCGCUUCCCUUUUCUUUACCCCCUUACCACCACGUUGAGUCAGUUCAGAAUUCUAAGUGAGAACCUCUAGAAUCUGCCUACUAUUUUUCUAGUAAAUUUAAGUACAGAAAAAAUUCAGACUGAUUCUACAGCUUUGGUUUGAGGUAAAUUUUGAAGCACCACACCUACAAAACUCAGGAGUUGAUGUUAGAAAAUUUUAAUAUAUAUAUAUAUUGGUGUAGAAGAAUACAAAAAAGUUUAUAAUAGACAGAUGAGACAUUGAGGGGCCAGUCAGUGGCGCACCUGGUUAAAUGCACACAUUCCAGUGCCCAAGGAUCCAGGUUCAAGCUCCUGGUACCCACCUGUAGGGGGAAGCUUCAUAAAUGGUGAACCAGGGCUUCAGGUGUCUCUGUCUCUUUCCUUCUCGACCUCCUCCUCUCCCAAUUUCUCCCUGUCACUAUCCAAUAAUAAAUAAAUAAAAAUAUAAUAAUAAUAAUAAAUGCUCCCAGUCUUAGGGAGAUGAGACAAUGAAAAAAAAAUGGUUGCAACAAAAUAUAAUAGGAUAGGAAUCUCUAAUAUUUAAAGUAUUAUUACAAGCCAAUACCUCUAACUCAGUGAGAAAAAGGGCAAAACUGCCAAUUCAAAGAUGAAAUGCUCCAAUAAAAAACUACUCAAUAUUACUAGUAAUCAUGGAAAUGAAAAAUGUGAUGAGAUAUCUGCUUUACCCCCAGUAGGCUGAUUUAAAAUCACAGAUGAUUGAUUAAUAUUCAGGUGACUCUGUGGUAAACAAAACAGUUCCAUUGUCAGUUCUGUAAAUUGGCAUAUAAUACAUGAUUUGAAUCACUAUUCCUCAGAAACCAAAGCGUAUAAAGGUAGGAAACACAAAACUAUUAAGGUAAUGAGUAAAUGGGUAACUUCAUUAUGGUGUAUUGCUCAAUAGAAUUAUAUGCAGCUAUUCCAAAAAGGAACACAAAUGUAUAUAUAGCCAUUCCAUGACCAGUGCUACACAAACUGUGUCUAGUAUACAUUUAUAAUUGUAAUAUCGAAAAUAAAACCUAAGUGUAUACAU